AUGAAUAAGAGGGAUGAUCUGAAUGAUGAUGAUGAUGAUGAUGAUGAUGAUGAUGAUGAUGAUGAUGAUGAUGAUGAUGAUGAUGAUGAUGAUGAUGAUGAUGAUGAUGAUGAUGAUGAUGAUGAUGAUGAUGAUGAUGAUGAUGAUUAUGUAAAAGCUGACACUGGCUCGAAUAGUCGUUGUAAAAUUAUUUAA